UAUCACAAUCCGAACCGAAACCGUGGCCCUAAAACCGUGACACAAACCGAACCAUCCGAUGGGAGAAGAACAUAACAUUAGGAGAGCCACCUGGGUUCUUGCACUCAUGGUGGUGUGUUUUUUGGGAUCUCUACUGUGCUGUUCCUGAGAGAAGAGAAACAUGUGAGCACUCGAGUGAAGCCAAAGCUUUUCAUGAUUACAGUGCAGCAGCAACACACAGUCCUGUUAUUGGAAGUCCUCCUGGAGAGGGUAUGCCAAUGCCUCCGGGAUUUUUUCAAUUUAUGUCUCCUCGAUACCCAGGUGGGCCUAGAGGUUCUCUCAGAAUACCCAGUCAGGCUUUGGGUGCUGGGAACCCGCCCCUCCUACCUAGUGGAAUGGAUCCUACAAGACAACCAGGUUAUCCCAACAUGAGUGGCCCCAUACAGCGAAUGACUCCUCGAGGAAUGGUUCCUCUUGGACCCCAGAACUAUGGUGGUGGGAUGAGACCUCCCCUUAAUGCCCUUGUAGGACCUGGAAUGCCUGGAAUGAGCAUUGGUACUGGAUGCAGACCGUGGCCAAACCCUCCAAAUUUGAUCCCUUAUUCAUCUGCGUCUCCAGUGUGUUUACAGGGACCCCCAGCAGGAGGUGGUCCUCCAGGAACACCCAUCAUGCCCAGUCCAGCAGAGUCAAACAACUCGGGUGACAACAUAUACAGUAUGAUCAGCUCAAUCCCUCCUAAUGGAAACAGACCAAAUUUUCCUAGUGCUGAUGGCCCAAUAGGCAGCAUGGCAAGUAUGGAGCAUCAUCAUAUAAAUGGUUCUUUAGGGUCUGGUGACAUUGAAAGUCUCCCAAAGAGCUCACCAGGAAACCUCAGCAUGAACAAUCAGCCUGGCACACCAAGAGAUGAUGGAGAAAUGGGUGGCAACUUCCUCAACCCUUUUCAGAGUGAUAAUUAUUCUCCAAAUAUGACCAUGAGUGUGUGAAUGGACAAACAGCAGCAGAAUCUUCACCUCUCUGAUUUUCUACUCAGUUUAUUUAAUAUGGACUAUCGUGAAUUAUGUUGUCAUGC